AAGGAAGAAGCGCUCAAACUAUUCCUUGCUUCUGGACGUGUUUGCGAGAUGCUGUACUGUUGUGCCUGCAAACAUCGGCAGGUUCUCGCAAAUGAUGAACGGAUUCAAUUCAAAUUCUAGAUUUGAUCCACGAAAAGACUUCCAGGCCCGAUCAUUUACUGUGUGAUAGAAUAAAUCUCAACAUGUGAUAUACUCCAUGACAAAGUGACGCCGGCGUCAUGGCAUCUAAUUUCCGCACAGUUCAAAUCAGCAGCGGUUUAUGAAAGGCCGUGGAACGAGUCAGGACAAAGCACGUAUACAGUCAAACCAUUUCUGCUACGUUUUGCAAGUACCUGUUUCCAAGUUUUAAAACGAGAGAGGAAAACGUUGCUUCAAUUUGUAGUUUAAGACUAUGCCUAUUAGAGUUCAGAUCUCUAUGCCUUCAAUUUCAGGAGCUAGAUGGAGGCAAUAUUUUCCACCUUCUCGAAUUUCGAUUUUGAUAACGUCAAUAUGAAAUGUGACCGUGGUUUUACUGGUGAGAACGUCUUCAUCAGGGCUCUCUUUUGGAAACGGUGCACCAUCUUUCACCAAAUAUUUGAACUCCUUUCCAUGUCCAUAUGUAAUAUGGAAAUGGAAAGGAGUUUAAUUAAUCAUUGCUGAGAGAUAUCCAAUCUCUUCCACAGUCUCUUGCAAAUCUACUUCGCCAGAUUUGUACAGUUUGACCUGCAUUUGUGGGUUGUAGAAUCAAUUACCUAACUCUCCUUUUCCUUGUCAUGGACAUGAGUAUCAGAGCAUUCUUUUGCUGGAAUAUAACAUUGAGUGUGAAAUUCUGUCGAGGCUGGAAUCAUAGCGUUGAUCUUUGCUUGAUUCUUUGCAAUGGUUACUCGACCCUAGAUUAUCUUAAACAUUAAUAUCCCGUUCCAAAUGUUAUCCGCUCUUUUAUCCAGGGCAAUUAUUCAUCUUC